AUGCUGGGUCCCGAGGGAGGUGAAGGCUUUGUGGUCACGCUCCAUGGUCUGCCCUGGUCCUGUUCUAUUGAGGACAUGCAGAACAUCCUGUCUGGCUGCACAAUUCAUAAUGGGGCCACAGGCGUUCAUUUCAUCUAUGCUAGAGAUGGCAGGCAGAGUGGUGAGGCAUUUGUUGAACUUGAAUCAGAAGAUAAUGUAAAAAUGGCCCUGAAAAAAGACAGGGAAAGCAUGGGGCACUGGUACAUUGAGGUAUUCAAGUCUCACAGAACUGAGAUGGAUUGGGUGUUGAAGCACAGCGGUCCAAACAGCACUGACACCGCUAAUGAUGGCUUUGUGCAGCUUCGAGGCCUCCCAUUUGGAUGCACAAAAGAAGAAACUGUUCAUUUUUUCUCAGGGUUGGCAAUCAUGCCAAACAGGAUCACUUUGCCUGUGGACCCUGAGGGCAAGAUUACAGUGGAGGCCUUUGUGCAGUUUGCCUCUCAGGAACUAGCAGAGAAGGUACUAGGGAAGCACAAGGGGAGAACAGGGCACACAUAUAUUGAAGUGUUCAAGAGCAGCCAGGAAGAAAUGAGGUCAUACUCAAAUCCUCCUCUGAAGUUCACGUCUGUUCGGCCACCUGGGCCCUGCCGGCCUGGCACAGCCCGGAGGUAUACUGGCAAUGUGAAGCAGGCAGGCCUGGAGAGAAUGUGGCCUGGCGCCUACAGCGCUGGCUAUGGGGGCUAUAAGGAGUACAGCGGCCUCAGCAAUGGCUAUGGCUUCACCAAUGAUCGGUUCAAAAGAGACCUCAGCUACUGCCUCUCGGGAAUGUAUGACCACAGAUAUGGAGACAGUGAGUUCGCAGUGCAGAGCACCACCAGCCACUGCGUCCACAUGAGAGGGCUGCCAUACAAAGUGACCGAGAAUGACAGCUACAACUUCCCUCCACUUAACCCAGUGAGAGUUCAUAUUGAGAUUGGCCCAGAUAGAAGAGUGACAGGUGAAGCUGAUGUGGAGUUUGCCACCCACAAAGAAGCUGUGGCAGCUAUGUCAAAAGAUAGGGCCAACAUGCAGCUCAGAUACAUAGAACUCUUCUUGAAUUCCACAACGGGGGCCAGCAACAGGGCCUACAGCAGCCAGGUGAUGCAGGGCAUGGGUGUGUCCGACCAGGCCACCUACAGUGGCCUGGAAAGCCAAUCAGUGAGUAUUUUUCAUGACACUGGCUAUAGUGGUCAGAACAGCAUGGGCGGUUUUGACUAG